AUGUCGCCGGGGAAGAACCGCAAGGUAGUGAAAGUGAACACUGGCUACGAUUCGCCCUGGGGGGACGACAAGGAGGGGAUAGCUAUUGGCCCCCUUCAAGAAAGCUACGUUGUAUUCCCGCAGCAAUCGCAGCCCUUCAGUCUAGAAUCCGCGCCACCAGAUUUGCGACUCUCGCUCUCUGACUGGUGGACGAGGCUGACUAACUGGCACACUUACUGUUUCCUUUCCACUAUGAAGCCGGGCAGUGGCGUUCUGGUAGUUGUUCUAGUCGUUCGAGCCGGCGCCGAUCAUGGACAAUAUCACGUCCUGAUUAUCGGGGAGUGCGUCGAUCAUCCGCCAUACGAAUCACGCACGAUCACCUCGAGCUUCUUCUACACAUCCAACUGGGAACCCCGAACCCAAGCGAAACGGAGUUGCAUCAACGCUCGAGUCCGAAAAGGAGGGAAGGAUCGCAAAAUCAGGGUGGGCGCCGGGAGCCAGACCAUCUAA